AUGCGGGAGAAGAAAAAGUGCAAGAAGUUUAAAUUCACGAGCGAACUGUGCGUGAGCGCGCGCGAGUUCAUCGACGACAAGGACACGGAUGCGUAUCGAAGCUUUCACAUGCAGCGCGUGGGGACGCGAGAGUUGGAGAUAGUGCGCGAUGAUUUAGAGCGGGAGACGAACGAGCGGACGAUCGUGAUACGGACGGUGCCGGGGAUAAAACUGCCGCGGUUGGUGGCGCGCGUGGUGCCGAACGGGAAGGUGGAGUUCGUGGACACGAGGAAGUAUUUGAACGGGGCGGAGAAGACGACGCCGUUCGCGCAGGCGUUCACGACGGUGAAUAACAUCACGAAACACUCGGUGGUGAGGGGAACGAUCACGGUGAGGGAGAUGGGAGCGCGCGCGUGCGUGGUGGAGGUGGAGGGUGAGUGUCAGGUGGCGCUGCGAGGGAUCGGAGGGAUUAUUGAAAACAUCGUCGUGGACGGGAUUCGAAAGGCGUACGAGUUGCUGCCGGAAAUCACGCGCGAGUGGAUCGAGUAUAAGGCCAAGGUGGCGUCGGGAGAGAUCGCGCCGGUGAAGACGCAGGCGUUCCCGGUGACGAAUAGGUCGUCGGUGAAGCGAUCUGGGAGCGGGUCGACGCUCGGGGGGGCUUCGUUUCACACCGCUACGGAAACGGCGCUGCGGGACGACGCGUACGCGGAGGAUUUGGACGGCGAGCCGGCGAUGGAGAAGAAAUCCGUUCGGGUCUCGAUGUUCGUGUGUUGUGCGUCCAAGCCAAAGGUCGUAGAGAUGGAUUGUUAG